AAUCCAUGUCUCUUUUAGAAGACCCGUAACGCCAGUUGUGAUAAUCAACGAGAAGCAUGAAGCGCAACAUCACCAGCCUCUUCCUCGUUCUAUGCGCCUUGUGCGUUGCCGAAAAGACGGAAUGUUACAGAAUCCUAGCAACCAUAGCGACACCGUCCUACAGCCAUCAAAUACCGUAUCGAGCAUUAUGGCUGGAGCUACACAAACGAGGACACAAAGUAGUGCUUGUCACACCGGAUCCCAUACCGAACAUCAAUUCGCCGAAUUUCACGCAGAUCGACAUCAACCAUGCGUAUGAAAUCGUUGACACAUUAAACUUUGUUCAAGCCAGAUUCAACGGGGAACCAUGGACACAAUUUAUACAAAGGCAAAUGAUGGCAAUCAGUGUGAAUUUUGUGGAAAACAUACUCAACAAUACGGAAUUCAAGAAGAUUUACGCACCAGACAGCGACGCGAAGUUUGACAUCCUUCUAACGGAAUACCUCUUCGGGCCCGCCGCCGUCGGUAUUGCUCAUCGGUUCAACGUUCCCAUAAUAGGGUUAAGUUCGUUUGGGCUACCUUCAUGGAGCGAACACGUCCUUGGCGGACUAGCUCUCCCUUCUCAUGAGAGCACGUGGGAGAUGGAAGCCAACACGGGUCCGAAUUUACCAUUCCUGAAGAGGGUAGAGAAUUUCGUGUGCUUCUGGCGUUACUUGCACUUCAUGUACACCGAAUUGUUGCCCAUUAGUCAACAAUUGGCCGAGAAAUAUCUCGGACCUCUACCGCCGUUAAUAGACAUUAUGAAGAACAACACAAGUAUGGUUUUCAUUAAUCAGGCCAUCGCUAUAUCACCGGCUCGGCCACAACUUGCUAAUGCAAUCUCAUUUACGUCCUUCCAUAUACAGGACAAACUGCCUCCUCUACCUAAGGACUUGCAAGAAUUCGUAGACGGCGCGAAAAAAGGAUUCAUCUACUUCAGCCUCGGUACCAACGCUAGAAGCUCAACAUUGCCAGUGAAAAUUCAACGCGUAUUCUGCGACGUGUUCGCAACGUUGCCUUACAGAAUAGUCUGGAAACACGAAGAGGAUUUGCCCGGCAAACCUGACAAUGUUUACAUUGCGAAAUGGUUGCCUCAGCAAAGCCUACUCGCUCAUCCGAACGUCAAGUUGUUCAUUUACCAAGGUGGUCUGCAGAGCAGCGAAGAGGCUAUCCACUUCGGAGUGCCAGUUCUUGGGUUCGCGAUUUUCGCCGAUCAGGAUUAUCAAGUAGGCAGAAUGGAAGCUCUGGGCAUUGGCAAACUUGUCAAUUCGAACACGAGAAGCAUGAAGCGCAACAUCACCAGCCUGUUCCUCGUUCUGUGCGUCUUGUGCGUCGCCGAACACACGGACUGUUACAGAAUUUUAGCCGCCAUAGUGACACCGUCCUACAGCCAUCAAGUCCCGUAUCGAGCAUUAUUCCUGGAGCUACACAAACGAGGACACGAAGUUGUGUUUAUCACACCGAAUCCCAUACCGAACAUCAAUUUGCCGAAUUUCACGCAGAUCGACAUCAGCUAUGCGUAUAAAAUCGUUGGCACAUUAAACUUCGUUCAAUCCAGAUUCAACCGGGGAACAUGGAUACAAAUUAUAGAAAAGGAAUUGAUGACACUCAGCGUGACUUUCGCGGAAUACAUGUUCAACAAUACGGAAUUCAAGAAGAUGUACGCACCAGACAGCGACGCGAAGUUCGACAUCUUUCUAACGGAAUACCUCUACGGGCCCGCCGCUGUCGGUAUUGCACAUCGGUUCAACGUUCCCCUAAUAGGGUUAAGUUCGUAUGGGCUACCUUCAUGGAACGAACACGUCCUUGGCGGACUGGUUCUCCCUUCUCAUGAGAGCACGUGGGAGAUGGAAGCCAACACGGGUAGGAAUUUACCAUUCCUGAAGAGGGUACGGAAUUUCGUGAGCUUCUGUCGUUACUUGCACUUCAUGUACACCGAACUGUUGCCCAUUAGUCAACAACUGGCUGAAAAAUAUCUCGGACCUCUACCGCCGUUAACAGACAUUAUGAAGAACAACACAAGUAUGGUUUUCAUUAAUCAAGCCAUCGCUAUAUCACCGGCACGACCACAACUUGCUAACGCAAUCUCAUUUACGUCCUUCCAUAUACAGGACAAACUGCCUCCUCUACCUAAGGACUUGCAAGAAUUCGUAGACGGCGCGAAAAAUGGAUUCAUCUACUUCAGCCUCGGUACCAACGCUAAAAGCUCAGAGUUGCCAGUGGAAAUUCUACGCGUAUUCUGCGACGUAUUCGCAACGUUGCCUUACAGAAUAGUCUGGAAAUACGAAAAGGAUUUGCCCGGGAAACCUGACAAUGUUUACACCGCGAAAUGGUUACCUCAGCAAAGCAUUCUCGCUCAUCCGAACGUCAAGUUGUUCAUUUACCAAGGUGGUCUGCAGAGCAGCGAAGAGGCUAUCCAUUUCGGAGUGCCAGUUCUUGGGUUCGCGAUUUUCGCCGAUCAGGAUUAUCAAGUAGGCAGAAUGGAAUCUCUGGGCAUUGGCAAACGUUUGGAAAUUACAACUGUUACGAAAGAGGAACUUAAGAGUAGUAUCAUUGAGCUCAUAACUAACAAAGAGUACAAAGAAAGAAUGAUUAAUACCCGAAAUAUCGUACAAGAUACACCCUACGAUAUGGUGAAAAAUCUCGCUUGGUGGACAGAAUAUGUGAUUCGUACGAAAGGAGCGCCCCAUCUUCGCUCCAGCAUAACAUUCCAAUCUUGGUAUCAACGUUACGACUUGGAUGUCAUAGCGUUCUUGACGAUCGUAGUAUUCCUGAUCGCUUCAAGUACGCUCUACCUAAUUGCCAAGAUAGUCGUUUACUUGCACAGGCAAAUCAUUCAAUCACAAAAACUGAAGAUGAAUUAAUCGAACGUCGAGUGUAGCGCCACCUAGUGGUCUCAGACAAUCGUAGGUUAAGUAUUUCAUUUCGACGAAUGAGUUUGAAGAAAUAGUUGUCCAGCGCGUCAAAUCGCCUCGAUGAAAGGGAUUCAAUUAAUGCCAGAUCUUAUUGUGUCAUUGGUCUUUUGAACAAGUGUAAAUUUAUUGUGAACUAUUAUAAUCUGAUAAUAAUGAUUUUCGCUGAGACGGAAUUACACUAAAACUAUAGUUCAGGAACACUAAUCGCCAUACAAUGCCGGUUGUUAUAAUUUAUAAAAUAUCAGUUAGUAUCAGAAAUAGGUCUAUUGUUUCUAUUGUUAUUUCAUAUGUAAAUGUUUAUUAAUUAGUUAUUUCAUUCUCAUUUCGGAAUCUGCAAUUUCAAUGUGGAACAUUUCCACAUCAAUGCACUGAAUGAGAUGCGAUGUAGUAGCAAAAAAUGAGACGCUACAUGUGAACGAAUACUUACAUGCCCGAUAAGGCAAUAACAUGUAUAAUGAAAAAUUGAAAAUUUAUCACUUCAGGUCAAAGAAACUUUAUUAGAUUAUUUCAGUAAAUAUAACAAGCAGGUGUCUUACUUAUA